AUGCACAUGCCAGAAACUUCAGGAAGAAUGCUGAAAUGGGCUGUGGAGCUGGGCCAGUUUGAUAUCGAGUACAAGCCGAAGACAACAAUUAAAACUCAAGAUUUAGCAGAUUUUCUGAUUGAGUUUCCACCUCGCAUGGAGGUUACUGGUCAAGAGGAACCUAAACAAUCUUUGAAAGAGCAGGUGGAGGAUGAUAAUUCUACUAACAAUGAUGCGGAGUAUGAAGCACUUAUUGCAGGUCUCAAGUUGGCUUUGGAGAUGAAGGUUGAGAAUAUCAGGGUGUUUAGUGACUCGAUGCUUGUAGUUUGGCAGAUUCGUGGUGGAUUCCAAGCAAGACGUCCAACAACAAAUUUGUACUUGAGGCAUACGCAAGAGUUGCUUGCAAAGUUCAGAGAAGUGAAGUUGGAUCAGAUUCCUAGGGGGAAGAAUACGAAUGCAGAUGCGUUAGCUAAGUUGGGCUCACAGAGGGAGUCAACAUUGUUAGGUGUAAUCCCACUCCAGAUUCAAGAACAACCUAGUGUGUUCAAAGAAGAGGUGAUGGAGAUUGAGUUCCCUGUGGAGGAUUCAUGGAUGACACCAAUUUACAGCUAUUUGGAUAGGGGGGAUUUGCCUCCUGAUCAAAAUGAAACUAGGAAGCUGAAGUAUCGUGCAGCAAAAUAUGUGAUUUAUGAUAGGAUCCUGUAUAUGCGAGGAUUCAAUCAACCAUUGUUGAAGUGUGUAGCUGGUGAACACUGCAAGUAUAUCCUGGAAGAGAUACAUGAAGGAGUGUGCGGGAAUCACUCAGGUGGUAGCUCUUUGGCUAUGAAGAAGUUUGUGCAAGCUGUUUGGGGGAUAGACCUCAAUGGGGAGCUUCCUACAGGAAAAGGCGGAGUUAAAUAUGCAGUGGUUGCAGUUGAUUAUUUUACUAAGUGGGCAGAAGCAGAACCACUUGCUAAGAUUACGGCUUCCAAAAUAACUGAGUUUGUUUUUCGAGCUAUUGUUUGCAGGUUUGGAAUUCCCAUGAAACUGAUCGCAGAUAAUGGGAAGCAGUUCGAUAGCAAGGAGUUGAGAGGAUUGUGUGAGCAGUUUGGAAUCCAAAAACGUUCUCUGCAGUAUAUUAUCCACAGAGUUCCCUCAGACGAAAGUACUACGAACCUAGCAACAACGAAGUCAACCAUACUUUAUUUGGAUAUGAUUGAAGAGUUGAGAGCAGAUUCUCAGAUGAAGUUGGCAUCAUAUCAGCAGAGAGUGCGAAGGUACUACAACAACAAGGUGAAAGCGAGACCUUUUAAAGUUGGAGAUUUGGUGUUGAGGAAAGUUAUUCCAAAUACCAAAGUUCUGGCACAUGGAGCUUUUGGAGCAAAUUGGGAAGGUCCUUACCAGAUUAAGUCAGCUAUUUGGGAAGGUACUUAUCAUUUGAUGGAUAUGGAUGGGAAUCUCAUUCCGAAAGCUUGGAAUGCGGAGCAUCUCAAGAAGUAUUAUCAGUAA